UGCAAAACAAGUCAUUCUUGUUGUUUUGAUGCUUGUAGUCAGACGAUAGUAAAAACGGUAAAGAAGUUAAUAGCGUUGAAUUACUUCAAGACCGGAGAAUUUUCUAAGACGGGAAUUGAAAGGAAGACUUGCGUCAAGUGAACAUCAUGGAGAAACUCGCGUCGAUUUUUGCUGCCUUUAUUCUAUCAUUGAUAAUUUCCAUCAAUACAAGCCAAGGUUACUUAUCGACAUGCGCAAGUGACUUGUAUGCAGUUGGUACGAAUGGGAAAUUUUAUAAAGCUUCUCCACCUACACAUGCAUACGAUAAUUGGAUUCGUCGUGCAAAGGCAAUUGGCAAUGGAGGUUGGAAUCGCUUCAAGUUCCUCUUUUUUGGACCUGGCGAUGCCUUGUAUGCAGUUGGUAUUAAUGGAGAAUUUUAUAAAGCUUCUCCACCUACAUGUGCAAACGAUAACUGGAUUAGGCGUGCAACGAAAAUUGGCAAUGGAGGUUGGAAUCACUUCAAGUUCCUCUUUUUUGGACCAGGCGAUGCCUUGUAUGCAGUUGGUUAUAAUGGAAAAUUUUAUAAAGCUUCUCCACCUAGAAAUGCAAACGAUAACUGGAUUAGGCGUGCAACGAAAAUUGGCAAUGGAGGUUGGGCCAAAUUCAAAUUUCUGUUUUUCGGUCCCGAUUUAAACCUAUACGCCGUAAGACCAGGAAGAAAUCAGUUUCUAACGUCGUACGAACCAAGAAAUGCGUUCGACAACUGGGAACGUCGCGCCACGAUCAUCGGCACAGGAGGUUGGCACGACUUUAAGUUCCUAUUCUUUGGUCCUGGAGGUUAUCUUUACGCGGUAUCAAAUGAUGGUUCAUUUCGAAAAGCCCCACAUCCAACGUACCCUAGGGAUAACUGGACUGCUCGCUCAACUAAAAUCGGUACUUCGGGAUGGGCGAGUUUCCGAUUUCUGUUUUAGUUCUCUUUUAUAUACGUACAUGGUUUGAGUUAACUUUUACUUUUACAGCAAAUUGAAAUAAAGUUGUAAUUGAAGCAUUA